GUGAGAAACCCAAGUCGCCGAAUUUUCAGAACCUAAGCAGUUAAUGUUAGAAAUUUUGCUGCAAAUAAAUUGAUCAGUAUGCAAGACAGUUUUCACGGCUGAAUCAUGGUCCACAGUUUAGGUAAACAGAUCUGUGAUGACAUUUUCUGAGUGGAAUACAAAUGCCGUUCAUUUCCUCCCAGCGGCUCCUGGCACUUCUACACGGAUAACAGAUUCUCCCAAGAAGGUGUUGGACACCAGGAAGAAGGAUCUUUGUUUAAUCCCUCUGAAAAGAAAUGGCUUCAGACAUCCCUGGAUCGGUGACAUUGCCUGUUGCCCCCAUGGCGGCCACGGGACAGGUGAGGAUGGCGGGAGCCAUGCCCGCCCGUGGAGGAAAGCGGCGUUCCGGGAUGGACUUUGACGACGAAGACGGAGAAGGACCCAGCAAAUUUUCCAGAGAGAACCACAGCGAGAUCGAGCGGCGGCGGAGGAACAAGAUGACCCAGUACAUCACGGAGCUGUCGGACAUGGUGCCCACGUGCAGCGCGCUGGCCCGGAAGCCGGACAAGCUGACCAUCCUCCGCAUGGCCGUGUCGCACAUGAAGUCCAUGAGGGGCACAGGGAACAAGUCCACAGACGGCGCCUACAAGCCGUCGUUCCUGACGGAGCAGGAGCUGAAGCACCUCAUCCUGGAAGCAGCCGAUGGCUUUCUGUUUGUAGUGGCGGCAGAGACGGGACGGGUCAUUUACGUGUCUGACUCCGUCACCCCCGUGCUGAACCAGCCCCAGUCAGAAUGGUUUGGGAGCACCCUGUAUGAGCAGGUGCACCCCGACGAUGUGGAGAAGCUGAGAGAGCAGCUGUGCACCUCCGAAAACUCCAUGACAGGCCGGAUCCUGGACCUGAAGACGGGGACGGUGAAGAAAGAGGGACAGCAGUCCUCCAUGAGGAUGUGCAUGGGCUCGCGGAGGUCCUUCAUUUGCAGGAUGAGGUGUGGGAACGCUCCUUUGGACCACCUGCCGCUGAACAGAAUAACCACCAUGAGGAAAAGGUUCAGGAACGGCCUUGGCCCCGUGAAAGACGGGGAGGCCCAGUACGCCGUGGUGCACUGCACGGGUUACAUCAAGGCGUGGCCCCCCGCAGGGAUGACUAUACCCGAGGAGGACGCGGACGUGGGGCAGGGCAGCAAGUACUGCCUCGUGGCCAUCGGAAGACUCCAGGUGACCAGCUCUCCCGUGUGCAUGGACAUGAGCGGGGUGUCGGUGCCCACGGAGUUCUUAUCCCGACACAGCUCUGAUGGGGUCAUCACGUUCGUGGACCCCCGGUGCAUCAGCGUGGUUGGCUACCAACCCCAGGAUCUCCUCGGAAAGGACAUUUUGGAAUUCUGCCACUCGGAGGAUCAGAGCCACCUGCGCGAGAGCUUCCAGCAGGUGGUCAAACUGAAGGGCCAGGUGCUGUCGGUCAUGUACCGGCUCCGCACCAAGAACCGGGAGUGGCUGUUGAUCCGCACCAGCAGCUUCACGUUCCAGAACCCCUACUCCGACGAGAUAGAGUACGUCAUCUGCACCAACACCAACGUCAAGCAGCUCCAGCAACAGCAGGCAGAGUUGGAGGUGCACCAGAGAGAUGGGCUGUCGUCAUACGACCUGUCGCAGGUUCCUGUCCCCAACCUCCCGGCCGGCGUUCACGAGGCGGGGAAGUCCGUGGAGAAGGCCGAUGCCAUCUUCUCCCAGGAGAGAGACCCCCGGUUUGCUGAGAUGUUUGCGGGAAUCAGUGCGUCGGAGAAGAAGAUGAUGACCUCAGCCUCUGCGGCGGGAACCCAGCAGAUCUACUCCCAGGGAAGCCCGUUCCCCCCCGGGCACUCGGGGAAGGCCUUCAGCUCUUCCGUGGUCCACGUGCCUGGUGUGAAUGACAUCCAGUCCUCCUCGUCAACGGGCCAGAACAUGUCCCAAAUCUCCCGACAGCUGAACCAGAGUCAGGUGGCGUGGGCAGGGAGCCGGCCGCCCUUUCCCGGACAGCAAAUCCCUUCCCAGUCCGGCAAGACUCAGUCGUCUCCCUUUGGGAUCGGAACGAGCCACACGUACCCAGCAGACCCCUCUUCCUACAGCCCUCUCUCCAGCCCAGCUACGUCCUCGCCCAGCGGGAACGCCUACUCCAGUCUCGCCAGCAGGACUCCGGGGUUCGCUGAGAGCGGACAGAGCGGCGGGCAGUUCCAAGGGCGGCCCUCGGAGGUCUGGUCCCAGUGGCAGAGCCAGCACCACGGGCAGCAGAGCGGUGAGCAGCACCCCCACCAGCAGCCCGGUCAGACUGAAGUGUUCCAGGACAUGCUGCCCAUGCCCGGAGACCCGACCCAGGGGACCGGCAACUAUAACAUCGAGGACUUCGCGGACCUGGGCAUGUUCCCGCCCUUCUCCGAGUAGCGGCGGGCAGAGUGCGGCUGGCGCUGGGCGGCGUGGCUCCUGUCGUGACCGCGCCACCCACGCGGGCGGGGCCCCCCCGCACCCUGCUUGCCCCGCCCGCCCCGCCACGGUCCCCCCCAGCAGAAAGCGUCUCACCCCCGUGCUCCUCCCCUGCACAGCGCCUCUCCGCUCUGGCCCCCAGCCCGGGGCCACCGACCAGGAGCCCCGGUAGCCGUCGGGGGGCCCGUUGUAUUUAUUGUACUUUAUCUGUGUGUGCUUGGGAGGCGAGCCGACUGGGCGCCGGGAGUCUGGUUGUGAAUAAUCUCCUAGUAGACGGUUUUCGCCUAUAAAACGUUCACCUGUAGUCCAGAGUGAGUGUCCGGGGCCUGCCCAGGCCUCAGGAAUUGGGUUUCUUCCCGCCUUUAACCUCCGUGGGUGGGCGGACUCGGGUGCGGGGAAGGGAGGCCAGCAGGACGCCUGGCCUGUGUUCUCCGCGCUGGGGCCGAGCAGGCGGGGACCCAGGGCCGGACGCCAGCUCCCCUGCCCCCAGCUCAGCGGCGCCCCGACUGGAGCGAGCUUGGCCCGGGGUCCCGGUGCCCGGCUGCGGUUCCACAGCCUCGCCGGGAGUCCUGGCCGGGAGCCCACUGGCUUUAAUGCGCCGGGCUUCUGAGAGGAAGCGGCCCCCUCCUCUUCCAGGAGGCCCCGAGGACCUGGCUGCCUGGUGAGCGCACGCCCUCGUCCCCCCCCCUCCAGGCCAGCGCCUCCGGGGCUGCAGAGCCCUGGGCCUUACGUGGAGGAGCGAGCGGGGAGGCGGGACGUCCAGGCCCCCUCGUCCGGUGUCCUGCCGUGCAGGCCUGCUCCCCCAGGACCGGCCCUGGCGGCCACGUUGCAUCAGUGACCUGGAGGGGGCUCAGGUGCGGACCCGCACGGGGGCAGGAACGCGUCCCACCAGGCCCCUGAGCCUUCUCUCCUCGGCCGGCUGGGGGGCCGCGGUGUCUGGGGAGGGACGGGGUGCAGGUCUGUGAGGCAGGAGGCUGGGGCUCCCGCUCCGAUUCUGCCACACUCGCCCCGGGGCCCCGAAUUCCUCAGGUGGUCUCAGGACGCGAAGAAGCGCCCACUUCUGGAAACUUCUGCUGGCUGACUGAGCCGUGGUCCCUGGCUGGCUGCGUUUCCCCGUCUUCGCUGACCUCGCCCCCUCCCACGCCCUGUGCGCACAGAGGCAGGCUCUCUGAGCCUCUCCUGUCCUCUUCGUGACAGCCACGCCCGGCCCCGCCGUCCCAUGGGCCCCCUGACUCCCGCCCCCGGGAAGGCCCUGCGUCCCUCCCAGGGUCCCUCAGGCAGCCCUGCUCAGGCACCUGCCUCGGACACAACCCACGUGUCCCUCCCCUGGGAUUCCGGAAGGCCAGGCCGAGUGGAGCAGGGUCUCAGCUGCCUGAGAGCAGAGUGGGCCCAGCGUGCAGGACGGGGCCGGGAGCAGCGUCUGUGCUGACCUCUGCGAGCUGGGCAUUAAAUGCCAGCCCCGCCCGGUGUCCGCCGGGGAUCCGCGUGGCCUGUCUUGCUUGGAGAGCUCCACCUGUAACCGUCCGAUGUGGGUAGAAUGCCUUUGGCGAGCUCUGGGUGAUCCUGGUUCCUGGACUGUGGGUUCACACUCACUCAGCAGUUUCUAGAGCAGCUUUAACCCUUUGUGUAUGGCGGUGAUUGAUGAUUGAGUGCCGGGUUUAGGCACACCGGGGUCAUUUUACCCUCCACACACCCUCACCGUGCCAGACCCAGAGAUGGGGACAGGUGCCAGACCUGGGGGGGGGGGGGGCAGGUGCCAGACUGGAGUGGGGGGCUUCCCAGGGCUCACUCUGCCCGGGGCCACCUCUGCCUCCAAGCCUGAGCCGACCCCGAGCCGUGUGUGUGUAAUGUUUUCUGAGAAAGGCACAAAAAGGGCUUUUGGAUCCAAGAGCGGUUGCUCUGUGAAACGAAAACAGACUUUUUUGUGGCCUUUAGCCUGUGAGUUUGGCAGAAUCGGGAAUUUCGUAUUUGUUCCUUCUGUUUUCUGGAGGGAACUAGGGGAUUCUCUGGGCUGCGCACGUCAGGGGGGCACGCCAGCUGUGACCUGGGGCCACGCUGGACGCGGAGGGGACGCGGAGGGGACGCAGAGGGGACGCGGGAGAGGCAGAGCAGCCUUGCCCCGGCGGCCUUCCGUCCUCUUCUGUCCCCACACCAGGGCCUGGGUUGCAGACUGCCGCGGUCCGGGUCCCGGCAGGCGAGGCCAGAGGGGCCUGAAAGCCAGUGUCAUGCAAAAUGUCAUGACUCAGGAGGCACGGCCUCCCCCGCCCCCGACCCCCCAUCCCACAUCGUCCCAGGGGCGCCCACAGGGAGCCUGACUGCGGUCCGAUGGGCCGGCCUGAGCUCUGCGUCCUCUCUCCUCCACCUCCCGCUUUCUGGUUGUGAUUCUUGGAAGCCAUCAUGUGGCCAGUGGGAAAACAGGACUGGAAGGAUCUCGUGCCCCAGAGACUCUUCCCCCAAGGAAUCUUGAGGCCGGCCAGGGUAAGAGUUGAAGCCCUACAGGGCCUCACUGUCCUGCUUGGGAACAGGCCCGCCCAGCCAGCAGGGGACCCUGCGAGGCCCCGGCCCAGACGCCUCUCCCGCGGCAGAUACGGCCCAGCCUGGGCUGGGGCUUCGGCCGUGACUCGCUCUGCCGCUCGCACCUCCUCUCCCCUGUGAGACCUUCCCGGGCUCCCCCACGGAGCGGGCCGGGCCGUGGCUGCCUGCGUCUUGCGGGAGGACACGAAGCAGCCACGUCGAGGCUCAACCGGGACUUGGCUGGUGACUGUGGCCGUGGCUAGGGAGGUUCUAGAACACUACGGAUGUGUCACUAGGGAGCUGGUUUUGUUUCUAGCUAUGGCGUCAGGGAGUGACAGAGCCGUCACAAACGUCACGUUCCUCCUCUACUUCCCAACGUAUUCAAUCCAGCCCCUUUGCUGUUUCGUGAAUACCUUGCAGAGAGUUGGCGGGGGCGGGGCGGGGGGCGGUUCUCUUAGUCGGAACUUACAUCAGGGAGCGUGGACUCCAGUAAAGAGACAGUGUCUCCCCCAUUUAGCCACAUGUGACACAAGGGAUGGGGCAGGUCCCAGGAAAGUGAGUGCCGGUCCCCGAGCGCAUCAGCACCUGGGGGCAGGGACCGCGACAGCCACUCCCCUGGCCCGCCUGCUCCCUGAUGGUUGUGACCCGCCUCCGAGCAAGACCGAGCCUGCUGCCUCGCGGACGCUCUAGCGAGUCACGAGUCAGGACAGAAGUGCCAGAAACUACGAGUUUGGUCAGUACUUGCCAAGGGGGCCCGUUGUCUCCUCCCUCCGCCACAUCCCCGCCCCGCCUCGGGUACUGGGGGGCCACGAGCCACCUGGCUGUCCACCUGUUAUCGACGGCCGGGGGUCUGGGACAACGUGGAGAGGCAGCGCACCGCGGGGCAGGCACCUGUCCACUUCUAGAGUGCCUGGGUCUGGUGGCCAAGGCUGGUUCGGCGGUCCGGCCACCGGCCAGAGCCCGUGUGGAUAGCACCGACCGUGAAGACCAGGGCUCGCUGGGCCAGGCCUCUUCCUUCAUAGACGAGGGCUUCUCAGACGGGCGUCCGUGGACAAGUCGAGCACUUAAUCGUUUCUCUUGUAGCCUUUCUUCUUAUGGAUGUGAGCCGUGCUGUGGAUAAAUCAUCGUUUGUAUUUCUUGAAUGUUCUCUAUGACUAACGGUUAUUGAGUUGGUUGUGUAUAUGUAUAACUAAUGUAACUGCCUUUUAAAAUUUCAUCACAAUAAAAAUGACUUUGCUCUGAA